UCUAUUUUCCAUCCACUCAAUAAUAGGUGGCUGCCGUCGCUACACGAGGGAAAAGGGAAGACCAAAAAAAAAAACCCUAAUUGGCGGAGAAAGAACGACGGAGAGGAAGAGCCGCGGUGGCAGAAAUUAAAACUAUAUGGCCGCCCCUCUUUCCUCUCAUUUCCGUCCCCUUUGCUUCUCUUCCCAAUCAUGUUCGAUUCCAAAGCCCAAUCUCUUUCCUUCCUCUCUCUCCUUCCCUCCUCUUCGCUCCCUCUCCCCUUCGAACGCUAAAAAAUUCUCCAAAUCCCCUCUCCUCGCUUUCUCUUCCUCUAAUUUCGAUGCCUCUCAUUUCAAUGAUGGCUUCGGUCCCAAUCCUACCCCAUCUAAGAAAUCUGUCCUUACCAAUCUGAUACAGGAGAUUGAACCACUGGAUGUUAGCCUUAUUCAAAAAGAUGUCCCCCCCACAACUGUGGAUGCUAUGAAAAGGACUAUCUCGGGAAUGUUGGGUUUACUUCCAUCUGAUAGGUUUCAAGUCUUUAUCGAGGCACUAUGGGAACCUCUCUCCAAAUUGUUGGUUUCUUCUAUGAUGACUGGUUAUACAUUGAGAAAUGCUGAAUAUAGGCUUUGCCUUGAACGGAACCUUGGUUGUGAAGGAGAUUUGAAAAAUCAAACUUCAGAAAAGUCAAACUUUGAUUUACAAGAGAUGUUAUUGGACAGUACAAAAAUAAAUGAAUUUUCAGAGAAAAAUGAUUUGUCCUCUGAAUCUGAAAAAACCAUUGAAGACCAAUUUGAAGAUAUUGACUUUCAAGGCCUGGGUGAAAUGCCCCUGGAAACUCGUAAAUACAUUCUUCAUUUGAAGGCUCGACUAACUUCAGUGAAAAAGGAACUUCAUGAAGUAAAGAGGAAAAAUGCUGCUCUACAAAUGCAACAGUUUGUUGGGGAAGAAAAGAAUGAUUUACUUGACUACUUAAGAUCACUUCAACCAGAAAAGGUAGCUGAACUUUCUGAACCAACAUCUCCUGAACUGAAGGAAACAAUCCACUCUGUAGUCCAUGGUCUCCUUGCCACUCUUUCUCCGAGGAUGCAUUCCAAGGUUCCUCCUUUGUCAGAGAACACCACAACUGGAACUAUAAACAUUGGGAGUGAAGACUGUGCAGAACUUGUUGAGAAUACUUCACUUCAAUUCCAGCCCUUCAUUUCAUUAACGCGGGACUAUCUUGCUCGUCUUCUUUUCUGGUGCAUGCUGUUGGGGCACUACCUUAGAGGCCUCGAGUAUCGGUUGGAGCUAAUGGAGCUUCUGUCGUUAACAAGCAGUCCCGGCAAUAAUAGUUGUGGUGAUGAGCAGGUUGUUUAGAGUUGCUCUCUGAUUCCAGUGCUACAUGUGUGUAAAUUGGCGUAUCGACUAACUUCUUUUACAGGAAGAGGUAAGAAUCGGACAAGAUUAGGCCCUUCAGUCUCUUGCAGAUGGCGAAUUGUUUUUAUGUAUAAAAACGAUACAUUGUUUUUUGUCAGUGUGGAGUUUAGCGUUGGUAUGUUAAUGUUUUUUACCCAGAAAUAGAGAAACCUUGUUGAUAAUGCUCAUUAUUAGUUGCAUUAAGGUUUGCUUUGAACCAUCUUGAAUGUCAUUGUUGCAAGCCUAAACUAAUAAAAAGGAAGUUGAACUGUCGCUUUAUAUUA